ACCCGUCAGGUUUUGGAAGAACUGACUGAACUCCCUGUGAUGGUUGAACUGGCCAGUGACUUCCUGGACAGAAACACCCCUGUCUUCAGAGACGAUGUCUGCUUUUUCCUCAGCCAGUCAGGGGAGACAGCAGACACCCUGAUGGGCCUCAGGUACUGCAAGGAGCGAGGAGCUCUGACUGUGGGGAUAACCAACACAGUUGGCAGCUCUAUAUCACGGGAGACUGACUGUGGAGUCCACAUCAACGCAGGACCAGAGAUUGGGGUGGCCAGUACCAAGGCCUACACCAGCCAGUUUGUCUCUUUGGUGAUGUUUGCUCUGAUGAUGUGUGAUGACAGAAUUUCCAUGCAGGAGAGGCGGAAGGAAAUCAUGCGUGGUCUGAAGGGGCUGCCAGACCUAAUUAAAGAAGUGUUGAGUAUGGAUGAUGAGAUCCAGAAGCUGGCCACAGAGCUAUACCAUCAGAAGUCUGUUCUCAUCAUGGGACGUGGCUACCAUUAUGCUACGUGUCUGGAGGGAGCUUUGAAAAUUAAAGAGAUCACCUACAUGCACUCGGAAGGGAUCCUGGCAGGUGAGCUGAAGCACGGGCCUCUCGCGCUGGUGGACAAGCUCAUGCCCGUGAUCAUGAUCAUCAUGAGAGACCACACCUAUGCCAAGUGCCAGAACGCUCUGCAGCAGGUCAUCGCACGGCAGGGGCGACCUGUGGUCAUUUGUGAUAAGGAGGACAUUGAGACGAUUAAGAACAACAAGAGAACAAUCAAAGUUCCCCAUUCAGUGGACUGUCUGCAGGGGAUCCUGAGCGUUAUCCCCCUUCAGCUUCUGGCUUUCCACCUGGCAGUCCUCAGAGGCUAUGAUGUUGAUUUUCCAAGAAAUCUGGCCAAGUCCGUAACUGUAGAGUGAAAGAUCAUCUGAAUCAUAGGGGCAAAGGGGAAUUAAAUGAAAGACUUUUUUGGUACCAAAAUAACUUGAUUUUAAAGUCCCCUAGGUAAAUCUUAUUUUGGUAAAUCAUUGUUUGUGUAUAAGAUCACCAUAAUUCCAUUACAUUAGUGAUUGUCCAAUCAACUCCACAUGCUAUGUCGAUAGCUUUGGGUUUUUUUCAAGAACAGACUUCCAUGAAAGAUGUUAAAUGGUUUUCUUUAAAGAUUA